UUUGAUAUCGAAAAGCAAUUUCAAGUCAUGAACAAACCUGCUGUUAAAAUCAUCAAAUUUUGUUUAAUUUUUUGUGAUACAUAUGGAUGUGUGGAUUUUUACAAACAACCAGCGUUUGACCAUAUUUUGAUGGAAAACAAGUUAUUCCAUUACAAGAUGCGUUGGACAUCAUCCCUAAAACAUCCAAAAGCAGAUAAUGGAAAAUUUGGUUUUUUAUGGGAAAAUGGUAUUGGAUGCCCUAUUGGUACCGUGCCCAUAAGGAGAGUUACAAAAGACGAACUUCUGAGAUUAAAUUUGUUCUCCACAAAACAUAAGCCUCGAGGGUCAUGGAAUUUGACUAAUAGUCAUUAUAAUGUUGAUAAUGAUCAACAACAUCAUUUUGCUGUGUCCCGCUCCAAAGGAGGAAACUACAAUAGAGCAACAAUGGUAGUUUCUCUAUAUAAACCUAAAAUUAAACUUCCACAAUAUAGUUCUACCCGUAUGCAUCUUCAGAUUGGAGACGAUUUUAUACAAACUAGCUGGAUUGUAAAUCCGACGUUAUAUGGUGAUAACAAAACUCGCAGUUUUGUGUAUACAGAAGUAAGGUUUAAAAACCAAUGUUAUAAUAGCAUGUGUCAAGCUGGAUUCAUAUCUGUCCGAUCAGAUUUACCUCUUGGUUUUGUUCUAGAACCUGUUUCUGUUCGUGGUUCAAAACUAAGUAUUUCAGUUUCAAUUAGCUUAUUCAAGGUUGAAGGUCCUGCCGGAAUGGAUGAUUGUGAUCUUGCAUCUGACAUACGGACUGUUCUUCUCUCAAGGCUCCACUUCAUCAUCAGAUAA